CAUAGCACAAAAUAAAAACAUUUUCCCUGGGUUUUUUUUUAUAUAAUUGAAACGAAGAAAUAGAUCUCAAACGCUUUUCUGUUCUUGUUUUUCGCUACGUUUAUUGGCAUCGACCAAAAUGCAUAUGUUGCAUUUUGGGAAAGCGCAGUGGGCGUCCGCUUUGAAAUUACCCUGUGUUGCAUUGAUGAUAUUUCUGGCCUGUCCAGUGAACUCCAUGGAUGUGCUGGUGCCACCAGAGAUCUAUGCUCUCAAUGGGACAGAUGUCAGAAUCUCCUGUGCGUUCACAUCAUGCUACAAGCUGGACGCCAGCAAGUUUGCCAUGAACUGGACCUAUCAGGAGACAAGCAACAGCACAGAGGAGAUGUUCAUGACCUAUAAGAACAAGAUAACACCCUUGAAGUCAAGCCGAUUUGGAGAUCGAGUCCUAUUUUCUGGAAACCUGGAUAAGAACGACCUGUCCAUCACUAUCUUAGAUGUGCAGCUGACGGACGAGGGCAUCUACAACUGCUAUGUGCGGAACCCUCCAGACCGCAUUCAGGGUCACGGCACCAUCCGAUUUGUCGUCCUGACUGAAUUACCGCCACCAAGGGAUUCAACUAUUGCUGUCGCCAUCGGGGCAUCUGUGGGGGGAAUUCUAGCUUUGCUCAUUCUGUCCAUGGUGGUGGUGAAAUGUAUUCGCAGACAUAAAAACCAGGAGCUGAUCUCAGAUGAGCAGAAGAUGGAAGAAGAGGGCAAAGCAGAUGGAGAAGGAGGCACAGAAGAAGCAACAAAACAGCCCUAACCUGCCAUCUUAGCCCUGGAGGCCUAACGGAUGGUGGAGCUCCAUCCUACACAUUCUGAAAUGUAUGCCUCCUGCCUGAAGAUAUGUAAAACGUGGUUGACUCCUCAUCCUAUAACUCUCAUUCAACAUUCCUCGGUUUUCUCGUGUAGCAGUCAAACAUGUCAUGUUAGGAAGAUCUCCACCACAGUGCCAUGGUGUCCAGUUACCGGUGAGAAAUCACAAAAGGUUUCAAACUGCCUCUUCAACUCAGUAUGACAGGUUAAGGUUAUAACAACUUCCUGCAGAACUCUUCAUUUGGACCACGUUUUUUCAAAGUCAAAUAAGGUCUUUUUUCUUCAACUACUGCCAAUAUUAGCACUAAUAAUAUUAGCCAUCCAGUAUUUCUGCUGAGAAUUUUCUAAAGAGAUUAAUUUUAAAUGAUACAAAGUCCUCCUUAUAACUGCCAAAGUGUUUUUACCCUUAUGGUGUUUAUACGUUUUGACAGUUUCUUGAGAAAUCACUGCCCUCAACAUCCUCUCAAGUGGAUGUAGAAACAUAACGUGUGUGUUUGUGUGUGUGCCUUCUCAUUGUGCCAAUUUGCUCCUAUUGAGUUUGAAAAGUUUAUGCUGUUUUUACUAUCCAGUGUAGGUAGAACAGCAGAAAAUUAGGCAGGACCAUGACUAUACAUGAGUGUUGAAAAUGUAUAAUUUGCUAGCUUACAGCACAUAACACCUCCAAAACAUGUACAAUCAUUGCAUGACAAUUUUCGUAAGCAUCAUACCCACACAAUUAGCACAAAACAAAUCAUCAAUUUGCACAAGCAUCUGGCACAUUCCACAAAUAGGGUAUGCUUUGCUGUCCCAUGACAUUUUUUAAAAGCCUUAGAGGCACAAAUCCCAUGUUGUCUCUUCACUUAUUAGAUACUGUACAGUGUGUAUAGAAAAGAAUCAUCCGCCUUUAAAAUAAUUACAUUUAGAUUUUU